GCUAAGAAGAUGAAGCUGACUGUCAUCAGUGGAGCGUCUUCAAUUUUCUUGCCGAUUUUAAAAGAGCUCUAUUUUUUUAGUUUUUCAUCAUCUCGACACAUGUCUUGUGAAUAAGCAAAACUUGAAGGAAACUGAGACGAAAAUUAAAUGUGUAGCCAAACCGCAUAUAUCCAAGCUGAACUCCUCGAGAUCCAAAGAACGACGUCAGAGAAGACACUAUCAUGGACCGACCCAAGACUAAAGCUACGCCUCGACCGACAAGUACACCUGGUGGCUUAGGGGAUAGCUUACAACGCGACACCAAACAUGCGUUGUCGAACGGCUCGGCUACCGCUGUUCACAGUGCUACAGUAGACAGCAAACUUCUUAGAACGACUUCCUUGAAAUCGAUUGCAUCAUCCACCCCAGUUCGUCGCAGUACGCCCCCGCCCAUACGGACAUCUGCUACAUUUCCAAGUUCGCAUCUCCAGAAGUCCCCUCUAAAGGUGGUAUGGAGAGAAAAGUCGAGAUCUAAUAUCUUCAAUUAUUCUCCAGAAACUUGGAAAGUUUCGCACUCCUCGACAAAGCCCAAACGAGUGACACCACCUCCAGAUGAUUACACGCCCGAGAAAGAUCCUUUAUCUAGAAAACCUUCCUUCUCAGGUGAUCGCGAUGGUUUGAUCUCACCAGUGCGAUCGCUACUGGAGGAAAAGAAAAAGUGGGAAGAUCCGAUUUUAGAAUCGAUGAGACAACAGAGUGAAUCCUCUGUUUCAAGCCAUUUGCCCGAUUCAGAGAAACAAAAAUCGGUCCAAGACUUGAGGAGCAAAUUUGAGUCGAGUAUCCAACGUUCGUCACCGGUUCCAGCACCCGGGAAGCGCAGUGCUACACAGAGACUGCGACCUAAACGGCACACGGUGAUUGGAGUCGAGCACCAAAUGGGUGAAAAUCAUGCACAGAAGAAUAGGUUAGAGAUUCCUGAAGCGUCCCGAAAUAUCAGCUUGCUAGCAGACUCGGCGUACGGGGAUUCAAUUGAGACAUACUGCCGCCCAACUGUACGGUCACUUAUGAGAAAGUUCGAGAGUAGCCCCAAGUUAUCGUCUUACAACUUUUCCGAUUCCUGCUUUUCAUCCGAGCAAAAUAACAGUGCGUAUCGUCCCGAGAAAGGAAGGAUAAAAUCAUCAUCUGGGAGACAUUCAGAAGAAAAUUUAAUGGAAUCUAACUCAAUGGAACAAGAUACUGAAGAACUGAACAAAGAAACUACGACAGAAAUGCCCGAGUGUGCUAUUAAUUGCUCGCAUUCUAGUUCUGUUGGUGUAUCCCUCGUGACGCCAAGUCCUGUGACGAAUAAAACUCGCGACACGAUGACAGAUUCGGAUGAAGAAACUGAAAUCGGCUUCCAAAGAGCGACAAAUCGACGUUCGGUGAGAGAAUUGAAGAAAAAAUUUGAGGCGAACAAAGAUGCUGAAAACCUGUCGUGGAAGAAUAGUCCAAACGUCAAAGAAAAACCAUCAGCUGAUGCUAAAGUGUUCCCUAAAAUGCAGUACGUUCUAGAUGAUUUUAAAAACUCCGAUCAUGGUUCUUCUAGCAGUACCCCAAUUAAGACGGAUCAUACUGAAAGACUUAUCCCUUCUGACAUGAAUAUCAGUGAUGUGCAGGUACCACUUAGUCCCACGAAUAAUUCCAGUCAGGAAGGUUUACAUCAGGAUUCUGCACUAGAAGACAGAGUUUUUAGCAGAGGUUCGCGGAGUAGAUCUUCUGUCAAAGAAUUGCGCCUUGCUUUCGAGAAGUGCAAACAUCAACCUAACCAUGAUGUAAACAAGUCAGAGAUCCCUGAAGUGGAUGGAAAUUCAAUCGUGAAACCAGUGAAAAAAUCCAGGAAGAUAUCAAGUGCUAACGUGAACCCUCCAUUGCGGUCUCAAAAGGUCCAAAUAAUGAGGCAAAAUUUCAUGGAGAAAAGUUUGCAUGACGAAGAACAGAAUAUCAUUGAACGCAAGAAAAUUAAUAUUUACGAGUCAGAAGAUGCCAGCUCUAUUCUCUCCCCUAAGGACAUGGUAAAAAUGAUUGAGAUUUUUGAGCAUUCGCCAGUAAACGUCGAGGAAGAAGUUAAGCCAAUGCCUGUUGUAAGUAAACUCGACAUCUCUCAAAUCAAGUACCAAAUUGAAUCCAGUGACGAAAAAGAGUCCAUCAACGCUGUUGAGAAAAAGACUAAAGUUGGAAAGCUUGACGUUCAAAAAUUGACGCCCAAGACGAACUCCGAAAUGAUCAAACCGCAGCCAAAAGUUAGCAAGCUGGAUAUCAACAGUUUCAAAGAAGCGCUUAGUAGCCAUUAUUCGGAUGAUUCCACUAGUUUCGCGGAUAAAACAAAAAUUGAACAUAGUACAUCGGACAUCAUGCAGUUGGUGAAUAAAUUUGCAAAUCAAACCCCAAGUUACAUGAGCGGUGCAUCUCAUAGCGAAGAAACAACAUUUGACCCUGAAAGAGGGGAAAAUGUUGAAGAUGAGCAGGCGGAUGUUAUCAGAGUACCUACAGUCCCUCGUGUUGAAGUUAGUGUACCUGGCAAAGUAAGAGUUUUGAAGUCAUCUGAAAUGAAAUUUUUCGAUGUCAACAAGAGUACCGAACAAGACUUGAUGGAAACUUUCAAAAACACGAAGAAACGCAAAGAUUUGUUGAAUCCGCCUUCGGCUAUUCCACCAGCGAUGCGCGAAGACCAUAAAGGAUUCGAGCGUAAGGGUUCUCUGAUAGUGCCUAAAAACUGUCGCGAAUUAAACGAUGAAGAGAAAAAACAAUUUUUCGGUCGAAACGCAGCUGAAAUUUUCAUCAAAUCUACAGGAGUAAAACGUAGCACUUCUGAUGUGUCGGAUCUUACAUCUCACAGGCCAUCUCGUCAUAACGAACAGGAUUUUUGCAAUAGGGGCAAAGGACUUGAGGAUGUCAUCGCAGGCAAACGAACUCUUCACCAGGUUUUUCAAGACAGGUAUGAUGAUGGAGAUACAAGUUGCCUAAGAGGAGAUGAGACCUCAGGUGAGGAAAACAACGCUUCGUAUGAAGAUGAGGUUUCAUAUGAAAUAUAUUCAAGCUCGGAUUCAGAGAUCGACAUUCACGACAGGAUCUCCAAGUCUUCAUUGAUAGCAAUAAGUUCUCCUCAUAAAGAAGAUGCAUCGCAAUCUUUUGCCCCUCAAUACCGACAAAAUCAAAACGAAUUACAUGCUACAGGUCCAUCGUCGCAGAUUAAUGAAAUGGACAAACUAUUUUUGCAGGAGGACGUGCAUCGAGUUGAGUCGAUCUCGGCUAGAGUUGAUUCGAAAGCUCAUAUAGAGUCGAUUCCAAAAAGCUCCCUGCUUUUGAUGUCAGUAACAUCAAAAAAAGAUCCACCAAAUGAAAAGUAUGGCUUGGAGCAGAACGAAAUUGGUUACUCGAAAAUAAGUUUUGUAAACGUUAGAACUGAAAAUCUAUGCGGGCCCAAGGAAGACUCCAUUCAAGUUGAGGACCCCUGCGGCAGAGACAGUACAGCGAGCGGUGAAAGACCCGCGGAAUCUAAAGCUACACUGAACAAUGACGAUAAUGCAACCAAGUCAGAGCCAGCUGCUGCUGUAACCAAGACAGAGCCAGCUGUUGCUGCAACCAAGCCAGAGCCAGCUGCUGCUGUAACCAAGCCAGAGCCAGCUGCUGAUGCAACCAAGCCAGAGCCAGCUGCUGCUGCAGCAAUCAAGCCCGAGCCAGCUGCUGCUGCUGCUGCAGCAAUCAAGUCAGAGCCAGCUGCUGCUGCAGCAACCAAGCCAGAGCCAGCUGCUGCAGCAACCAAGCCAGAGCCAGCUGCUGCUGCAAUCAAGCCAGAGCCAGCUGCUGCAACCAAGCCAGAGCCAGCUGCUGCUGCAACCAAGCCAGAGCAAGCUGCUGCUGCAACCAAGUCAGAGCCAGCUGCUGCUGCAACCAAGCCAGAGCCAGCUGCUGCUGCAACCAAGCCAGAGCCAGCUGCUGCUGCAACCAAGCCAGAGCCAGCUGCUGCUGCAAUCAAGCCAGAGCAAGCUGGUGCAACCAAGCCAGAGCCAGCUGCAGAAACCAAGCCAGAGCCAGCGGAUGCAACCAAGCCAGAGCCAGCUGCUGCCACCAAGCCAGAGCCAGCUGCUGCUGCAAGCAAGCCAGAGCCAGCUUCGUUCAAAAAGUAUGUAUCGAGUCAAGAAGAUCACGUUCAUCAGUGUUCCUCAUCUAUUGAUUUUGAUUCCAAUAAAUCCAUCUCUGGAGAUUCUAGCUUCAAAUCAAAUGGGCUUCGGUUUUCCGAGUCACCUUCGAACCCAACUCGCCAUUCAGCCUCAGUUCUGGCCCAGCGUCUCGUGGAGAAUUACAUACCUGACGAUCUGGUGCCAAAUAACGAGGUCUCCAUCGUAAGAAUUACGUCGUUCGUAGUCUGGUUUGCAGCUCUGUUAUACUUAAUCUUGUACAUCGAAGAGUAUUUGGACGAGGACUAA